AUGUUCAGGAAGACCAACUUAACAUCCUAUAGCGGGUUGCUGCUGGCAAGCAAAUCUCCAGCCCCGCAAUGCCACGCCUCCGCCCGUCCCCGACUCUAUGCCACGGCUUCUGGCGAUAGCCCGGAGAAAGACUUCUCAUGGCCGUCGACUCCUUCAUUCACGCCCUACGAUGUGAUUGGGCAUACCCGCGGCGCCCCGUACCCGAAGCACCGCUACUACGAGCUUGUCAAGAUAUACCACCCUGACCGGCCCUGCAACGACCACCCGCUAUGCAGAAACAUCACGCCCGAAGUCCGGCUCCAGCGCUACCGUAUCGUCGUUACAGCGCAUGAGAUUCUCUCAGACUCAAAUAGACGAGCUGCCUACGAUGCAACUGGAAUGGGGUGGGCGUUUAACCCGGCCCCCGAGCGUCGCCGGAGAAACCCGAAUGACCCGAUUUACAAUAACGCAACCUGGGAAGACUGGGAGCGGUGGUAUAGUCGGAACGAACCGAAGCAAGAGACGGUGGUUGACCACAAGACUUUUGUGAUGUUUGUGGUGCUACUCUUCUUCAUGGGCGCUGCGGUGCAGGCGUCGUGGAUUACGACGGUUAGUACGGGGUACGAGGAUCGCCUAAAGGAACUGAACGAGCAUUCGACAAGGUUUUUGAAUCAGCGAAGAGAAAAUACGGUGAAACAAAUGCCAGGGUCGGAUGCCAAGGUUCAGCAUUUCUUGAUCAGGAGGGAUCCUUCCGGGUUCGGCUUGAAGGGAGAGGAGAAAGGGGUUUAUCGCGAUGCUCUCAAUCCGUUGGAUAACCCGACUGAGAGCGGGAAGGGAGAUGAGAAUGUUCGCCAUUUGAAUGAAGACGAACGUGAGCAUCCGAGCAAGAGCGAAAGCGGCACAGCUCCAUGA